AAGAACAAUCACAAACUAAAUUCUCCAACUAUAAACGCAACCAUGAAGAUGCAUUUCAUCGGUUUGUUAAUUUUCCUAACUGCAAUGCAGGGAACAAAGGCAGUUGAUUACACUGUCACCAACAAAGCUCUCAGUACUCCCGGCGGAGUCCGCUUCCGCGACCAAAUCGGAGAGGCAUCCGCCAGGCAAACACUGGACUCCGCCACACAAUUCAUAUGGCGGAUCUUCCAGCAGAACACUGCUGCCGACAGAAAAAACGUGGAGAAGGUGAGCUUAUUCAUCGACGACAUGGAUGGUGUAGCGUACACCAGCAACAACGAGAUCCACCUCAGUGCCAGGUACGUCAACAGCUACGGCGGCGACUUGAAGAGGGAAAUCUCAGGUGUGCUUUACCAUGAAAUGGUUCAUGUUUGGCAGUGGAAUGGGAAUGGCGGUGCUCCUGGUGGGUUGAUUGAAGGGAUUGCAGAUUAUGUGAGGUUGAAGGCGGACUAUGCUCCUUCUCACUGGGUGAAGCCUGGACAAGGGAAUAAGUGGGAUCAUGGUUAUGAUGUUACUGCUCGUUUUCUGGAUUAUUGUAACAGUCUCAAAAAUGGGUUUGUGGCAGAGUUGAACAAGAAGAUGAGGACUGGUUAUAGUGAUCAGUUCUUUGUUCAGAUACUGGGGAAGAGUGUUGAUCAGCUGUGGACAGAUUAUAAGGCUAAGUAUGGCAAUAUUGCCUAAACAACUAGUUAUAUAUCCAAGAGCGCGAUGACGAGUGUUAGCAACACACUCUUUUAAAUACACACUCAAAAAUAAAUAAUAAAAUGUGCUGAAGUGUGUGAAUUUAACAAUAAUGUUCCAAGCGUUUCUCUUAAUUUAAACAUAACAAUACUAAAAAAAAUAAGCGAUUAUAUAUUGUAA